AUGGCCACGCGCCUCGCUCUCCGCCUCAAAUCCCACCUCCUCCGCCGCGCAACCGCUCUCCCCUCUUCCCUCCUCCACCGCCGUCCCUACACCAAAUCCUCGCCGUUGAUCUUCUCCUCACUCUCUCAUGCCCAUCCACAGCCGCUCCCGCUUCCUCUCCGAUCCUUCACGCUCCGCUUCCUCUCCACCGCCUCCCGCCGCGGCCCGGCCCGGCCCAAGCCCGUCGACAUCGGGGCCCGGGCCCGCCAGCUCCAGGCCCGCCGCCUCUGGACCUACGCCCUCACCUUCAGCUGCAUCGCCGGCUUCAUCGUCAUCGUCCUCAACAGCUUCCAGGACCAGCUCGUCUUCUACGUCACCCCCACCGACGCGCUCGAAAAGUACGCCACAAACCCUAGCAAGAGCAAGUUCCGCCUCGGCGGCCUCGUCCUCGAAGGCAGCGUCGUCCAGCCGGCCUCGUCGCCGGAGAUGGAGUUCGUCAUCACCGAUCUGAUGACCGAUAUCCUGGUCCGGUACAAAGGCUCGUUGCCGGAUUUGUUCCGGGAGGGGCACUCCGUCGUGGUGGAGGGGUUUGUGAAGCCUUUUACCGACGAAAUUCGCAGGGAGGUGUCGACGAAAAGCGUCUCCGGGAAGGCCAGGACGGGAGAUUGUUAUUUUUCGGCGACUGAGGUUUUGGCCAAGCACGAUGAGAAGUAUAUGCCCGGGGAAGUUGCGGCGGCUCUCGAGAAGAAUAAGAAGAAGCUUGCGGAGGAGGCAAAGGCCGGUGGUGAAGGUGGAGCAGAAUCGGAGACCAAUGCCGGUGGUGGAGCACUAGUUAAGAGCUCUUAGAUUGGGGUAUGAGUUUAAAUUUGGUGAUAUUUCAUUUUUGUGUAGCAUAUAUAGGUUGAUUGGCGAAAAGGGUUAUUAUACUUGGAUAGUUGGAAAAUUGAGUUAAUGAUUAACUUUUAGGUUGAGGUAAUAGGCAUUGGAGUUGAGGAAGAGAGAUAACAUUUUGGAAGUUUCGAGUCUUUAAAUGUUCCAGUUUUGUUGUUGUAGCAUGUUAUCAUUGCUGAAUUCUA